AUGAUCCUAGGUACGGGAAAAACACUCUUGGCACGAGCCGUUGCUAGCCAGCUGGACUGCAAUUUCUUAAAGGUUGUAUCUAGUUCUAUUGUAGACAAGUACAUUGGUGAAAGUGCUCGUUUGAUCAGAGAAAUGUUUAAUUAUGCCAGAGACCAUCAACCAUGCAUUAUUUUUAUGGAUGAAAUAGAUGCUAUUGGUGGUCGUCGGUUUUCUGAGGGUACUUCAGCUGACAGAGAGAUUCAGAGAACGUUAAUGGAGUUACUGAAUCAAAUGGAUGGAUUUGAUACUCUGCAUAGAGUUAAAAUGAUCAUGGCUACAAACAGACCAGAUACACUGGAUCCUGCUUUGCUGCGUCCAGGAAGAUUAGAUAGAAAAAUACAUAUUGAUUUGCCAAAUGAACAAGCAAGGUUAGACAUACUGAAAAUCCACGCAGGUCCCAUUACAAAGCAUGGUGAAAUAGAUUAUGAAGCAAUUGUGAAGCUUUCAGAUGGCUUUAAUGGAGCAGACCUGAGAAACGUUUGUACUGAAGCAGGUAUGUUCGCAAUUCGUGCUGAUCAUGAUUUUGUAGUACAAGAAGACCUCAUGAAAGCAGUCAGAAAAGUGGCUGAUUCUAAGAAGCUAGAAUCUAAAUUGGACUACAAACCUGUGUAAUUUACUGUAAGAUUUUUGAUGGCUGCAUGACAGAUAUUGGCUUAAUGUAAAAAUAAAGUUAAAGAAAAUAAUGUAUGUAUUGGCAAUGAUGUCAUUAAAAGUAUAUGAAUAAAAAUAUGAGUAACAUCAUAAAAAUUAGUAAUUCAACUUUUAUGAUACAGAAGAAAUUUGUAUGUUUGUUAAAGCUGCAUUUAUUGCAGCAAGUUACAAAGGAAGAGUGUUGAAGCUUUUCAUAUUUGCUGUGUGAGCAUUUUGUAAAACAUUGAAAGUUGUUUGAGAUAGUGGUAUAAGAAAGCAUUUCUUAUGACUUAUUUUGUAUCAUUUGUUUUCCUCAUCUAAAAAGUUGAAUAAAAUCUGUUUGAUUUAGUUCUC